CUGCAAGCACGUGGACAUGCCGGGACGACUGACCAAUCACAGAGCACGCGUCCAAGGCCAUCCAAGCUCUACCAAAUUCAGUGGAGCAGUUCAAGCCGUGGCUCGGCGGCUGUUGCCGUGGCAACCGAGCUCCAGUGGAACUGGUGGCGCCGGCGGUAGAGCGAGCUGCGGACGGGCGGCGGCGGCGCGACGCGACUCCGCAAUUGUAAACAGAGUCGCGGGGCGGUGAGGUUCUGUGGGAGGGCGGUCGGAUUGCAGCUUCAUUUCAGUUACCGGUUGUCGGUGAGGAAGGACGGCGCCGAGUCGACCUCUGACUGAGACCUCGAGUGACCCGUUGGACCGCCAUGAACACCCUGGGGAGACUGAUGGGGGUGACGCUGAGGGCUGCGGCCUCUCGACCUCACCUGACCUGUCGCGGAGUCGGCAUCGGACAGCGCCAGAGGAUGCUCUGCUACCAGCACUACUGCACCAUCCAGAGGGCGGGUUCGAGCGAGUUCUGGAAGCGUAAGAUGGUGACGCUGUUCCAGCUGCACGACACGGACGGAGACGGCCGGAUCGACUGGACCGACUAUGUGCGCGUCCAGACGCGGCUCUGCCAGAACACAGACAUCGGCAUGAAGGAGGAGGUCGAGACCAUGCUCAACUUCCGGAGACUAUGGGAGUACUGGCUGGGCGAGGUCAGCGACCCGCACUCCAGCAUCACCCAGGAGGAGUUCAUCAAGGCGCUACAGCACGCCAUCAACCAGCCGGCCUACAAGACCACCGACAAGAAACAGAUGCCCGUCUGGGCCUUCUUCUACAAGAUUUUCGAGAUGAUUGACACCAACGGAAACCGCAUCAUCUCGCCCCGCGAGUACAAGACCUUCUUCAGGGCCUACGGACUCUCAGACGAGAUGGCAGAGCGGUCGUUCCAAGCCAUCGACCAGAACAACGACGGUUUCCUGAGCAUCGACGAGUUCGUCAACGUCGCCAUCGACUUCCUCUACUCUGAGGACGAGAACUCGAUCGGGAAGGACUUUUUCGGCGUGCUCGUGGACGAGCUGCCGGAGACCGUGCGGACCAUCGACCCGCAACAGGUGGUCUCUGGCUGAAUGGUGGGGGUGUGUCCGGGUCUGGUCGUAACUGGCUGACCUGUCCGUCUGUUAAUGAGAUGGCCCUGCGGAGGAGGUAGCUCCAGGCUCUGGAAGGAGUUUCUAGUGAAGUCCUGGAGGGCCGACGCACCAACAGCGAGAUGCUGAAAGGACCAAUUGAAGUACGGACGAACGAGCAGGCCUGGCUUGGCUCUGAGAGCUGUAUUUGUGGCGCCAGUCUGUUGCGUGUCGGUGUCUGGAACUCUGGACUGUUCGGCGACUGUGGGGAGAAUCCCACAGAUUCCGUCAGACAGGCUGUGGUGAGGAUAAGGAGCGAGGACCACACAGUCUCACGACAGGACGCCGCACGACGAUAUGUAAUACAGUCAGGGACAGAACUGGCGGCCGAGGGCUGGAGAGAGGCGACCCGCGGGAGGUGACGGCAGGACUCGGCUGUGCCGCCGUGUCAGGAUCUGGAGAGCUCACACAGCUGUGAGGGCGGUGCCGCGACUGACCAGUGAGCCGUCUGUCCUGCGGGAGAGAGGGAGGGAGAGGGAGAGAGAGUCGCGGCUGCCGCAGCUCUGCUGUGUAGAGCUGCGGUCAGCCGAGCCGCCAGGCUGUGUAUCGGUUUCUGUACACCUAUCUGUGGACUGACUGGUAGGGGCCGCGGGCCGCCGUCACCAUCAGACGGGACGGAAUGGCGAGCGGAGCCGCGGCCCCGCGCUGUGAUCAUGUAGCCUCUGGGCAGGUGCUGUAGCCUCGUACUGUGACACAACUCUGUUUGAUAAGUAAAUCAUGGACCACUGAACACAUCCCAGGCGUAGAGCUGCUGUUUUUUUCGCUCUUCUCCUCGGUGUCUGUCAAGUGGACAGAUUUAUGCCGGCAUGGGCCCGUUUUCCGUUUUAACCACCUGGACUGAAUCAUUGUAUUUAUUUGAUAUUCUAUGGGUGUUGAAGGUUCUGGGUCGGUUUCAGGCUGCUUGAGACGGCUCUGCUUAAAGUUUGUGGGGCUUCCAACGCAAUUUGGCUACUACCUAUUUGUUUACCUUUGCAUAUUACCAGGGAAUUAUUAUCAUAACGGUAAAUUCAAUGGAAGGAUCUGUUUAUCUUUCUCUCGGCCAAAGGCGCUGGCUUGUCCGCCCUUUAGGACCAUACUAACCGAAUCUGUUUUAGCACCGCGGUUGGUGGAGUGGUCGCUGUGUUAAUCAUAUUUUGUACAUAGUGUAAUGAAUACUGGACUCUGCUGUGAAUACUACUGUGCGUAGUGGGAUGAUAAUACAUAUGUGAUGACUUUA